AUGUACUAUGCAGCAGGGACAAUGAAUGGUUCACAGCGCACUCUUGGAACUCCUUUAUUGCAUCGACCUAUGGCGCCGCCAAGAGGCCUUGUGACGACAAGCCGCGACUCCACUACUCGGGAGUUGCACGGAUCUAGCGUGAGCCCACCAAGGCCGGAAUACAUGGACAAGUAGCAGCGCAGCCCGUCGAGUCCGUCACAGAGCAGCGCUGGUUGAAUGUCACACGCCCGCGAAGCACUUUUGCCGCCAUCUUAGAACCACAUCUUGAUCGCCAAGUCACCCCCGCUUCGCCAGUCGCGCUCAGAGCAGUGGAGACAUCGCAUAGCAUUGGCGACGUUGCUGGCUCAUGUUGAUGGCU